UGAAGCACUAACACAGACUAUACUACUCUCGACUGAUUUCCAAAACCGGUUCUCCAUCUUCGAGUGAUUUCGGUGUCGCUAGGGUUCUACGUUUAAGCUUCGGGUUCUAAUCGCUGUUCUCUUUUCUGAAUUUUUCUUCAAUUGGGUUCUAAUCGCUGUUCGGGCUCUGAUUUUCGCUGGCGGUAGGGCUCUGUUCGGGCUGUUCUAAUCGUUGUUCUGAAUAUUGUAGUUGUUGUGUCCGAUUGCGGUGUUGGGUUUUCUGAGUGUUGGGUUCCUGGUAUUAGCCAUGGAUGAAGAUAAGGCCACAUCAGGUUCUGGUUUAGUAAGCAGAAAAAAGACCAGGGGUCCUACGGUUUGCAAAAAAUUGAAAAAAAGAAUCGCAAACCAGAAAUUGGAAAAAAUUGAAAAAAAGAAUCGCAAACCAGAAAUUGGAGUGUACUAUUAAUUUUGAUGAACAUGGCCAGCCAUGUGGGGACAUGCUUAAAGACUUCACCAUCUAUCUAGGAUCAGUUGUCCGGUUUCAAGUUGAUAUUAAUUCGGAGAGUUGGGAUGCAGUUAAUCAAGGAUUAAAAGAUGUAAUUUGGGAUGAUAUUAAGAAUCAUUGGAAGCUUGAUGAUUCACGAAAGAAGAUUGUGUUGGAGAAAGCAGCAAAGCAAUGGCGGGAUUUCAAGGGUAAGUUGACAAGGAAUUUCCUGCGAGCUGGAAAGGAUCCAUGUGAAGUUUAUAAUUUCAUUAGCCGAGAGCAAUGGGAAACAUACAAAAUGAGACGCGAAAGUGAGGAAUUUAAGUUGCAAGGGCCUAGGCCUUGGUUCAAGAAAGUAUUCAAAGAAGGAACUCAAUGAGGUUCGGGAGCUGUGGGCUGAGUUUUUUACAGUUGAAUGUCUUUAAUCAGAUAGUUGACGGACUAUAAUGGCCACUACAAGCUUUUUACCGGUAAGGACAAGAGUGAAGACGGAGGCAACUGACUUAUUACUACAUUGAUUUCAUAAUAUUUAGUGUUGACAUGUAAUUUCACAAGAAGAAUCAUAGGUUGUAAUACAUUUAAUUUUUAAUGUACAUUGAUUAAUUCCCAUUUAAGUUUAAUUUA